ACAACUGAAACCAUUUGACCUCCGGUAACUGUAGUCAAUCUUUGUAGUCGGUUAGUUUACGGACAGGUAACUAUAUGUCGUCGAUUUCCGCGGUAGGAGAUUCCGAUGAGCGAACACCGCUUAUCCUGAGUUCAUCGGAAGAACAGGCAGUAGGUUCGCUCAAAAACGGGCCAGAAAUCGUCGUUUUAACUACUGAAGCGAUACCUCUGCCUUCAAGUGAUUCAAAGGAACGUCUAGUAUCCAUCGAUGUCUUUAGAGGUCUCACCGUGGCCCUGAUGGUUUUGGUUGAUGACGCCGGAAAAGCAUUUCCGACUAUAAAUCACUCUCCUUGGGUUGGGGUAACACUCGCGGACUUUGUGAUGCCAUUUUUCCUCUUUGUUGUGGGCCUUUCAGUGAGUCUCGUUUUUAAGAAAGUUUCUAGCAAAUCAGCCGCAACAAAGAAAGUUUUGUGGAGGUCGGUUAAGCUUUUUCUUUUUGGUGUCAUUCUUCAAGGUGGGUACUUUCAUGGGCGAGGCGAUCUAAGUUAUGGAGUUGACAUAGAGAGGAUUAGGUUGAUGGGCGUGUUACAGAGGAUUUCAAUUGGAUAUCUCCUCUCAUCAUUACUGGAGAUUUGGCUUGUUAGCAACAUUCCUGCUGAGUCACCAAUGAAAUUUGUGAGGAGAUACUGGUGGCAGGGUCUGGUUGCAUUUGUACUUGGUAUAUUGUACAUGGGCUUACUAUAUGGCCUCUACGUUCCAGACUGGGAAUUUGGAGUAGAUAGACUCAGCAGCAGCUCAGUGGUACCACAGUAUACAUCAUGUGCAGAAACUGUUCAUUGUAGUGUUCGAGGAAGUCUGAAACCUCCAUGCAAUGCGGUUGGCUUCAUUGAUAGACUUAUCCUUGGUGAAAAUCAUCUCUAUCAACGCCCUGUCUAUAGAAGAACCAAGGAAUGCAGUAUCAAUUCUCCUGAUUAUGGACCGUUGCCUCAAAAUGCGCCUGAAUGGUGUCUUGCUCCAUUUGAUCCUGAGGGUAUUUUGAGUUCUUUGAUGGCGGCCAUAACAUGUCUUGUUGGAUUGCAUUAUGGACACGUUCUUGUUAAAGUGAAGGGUCACAUGCAAAGGCUGAUACUUUGGUCCAUAUUCUCCUUCCCUCUACUGAUUAUUGGGUUUUUGUUGGUAGUAAUAGGGGUUCCUCUUUCUAAACCACUCUACACAUUGAGCUAUAUGUUCAUCACAGCAGGAGCUUCAGGCAUUGCUUUCACCAUCAUAUAUUAUGUUGUGGAUGUCAUUUGUUUGAGGAAGCCUGUGGUUAUAUUUCAGUGGAUGGGAAUGAAUGCUCUUAUCAUCUAUGCAUUAGCUGCUUGCGAUCUCUUUCCUGCAGCACUCCAAGGUCUCUAUUGGCGUUCGCCUGAAUACAAUCUGGUUGACAGCUCAGAGAGAUUACUGCAAGGACUGUUUCCUUCAGAGAAGUGGGGUACCCUGGCUUUUGUGAUGGUGGAGAUUCUGUUUUGGGGCAUCGUAGCUGGAUUUUUGCACCUGAAAAGGCUGUAUAUUAAACUGUAAUAAUGGGACUUCUAAUUCUCCUUAUUGAGGAAUAGCCAUUAACAAUUACGUGCAGCUAGUGAAACAAGCAGAAGAUUCAGAAGGUGCUUAAUUAAAUAUUCUGUCUGGAUGCAAUGAUUAGAUGCACAUCUCGCCUUUUCGAAGCGCAUAUAGUAUCCUCUUGCGGUUCUCGUGGUUAUUUACUAUCAUGUGAGUGUAUUUGCAGAUGAACAAAAUGUAUGUAUCACACUAGUUUUUCAGAAAAAUUGUUGUAAAUUGUACUGAAAACACCAACGACAGGAUUUGUUCU